AUGGGGUACGACAAAAGCUGGGUAUCGAGGAAUGAAAGCCAGCAUGCCCCGUACCAGACUGUCACCAGAGCCCUGGAGAUGAGGAACGCCUCGGCUGGGCAGAUGGUGUGGCAGAGUGGGAAUGGCAGCGCGGCGGGCUCGGCGGGGAGCCAGGAGCACAGCGAAGAGCAGAGCUACAGGCAUUUCACUACUACGGUGCAAAUUGUCAUCUUCGUAGGCUCUUUGCUGGGUAACAUCAUGGUGCUGUGGUCAACUUGCAGAACAUCAGUACUUAAAUCCGUAACAAACCGAUUCAUUAAGAAUUUGGCCUGCUCGGGGAUCUGUGCCAGCCUCGUCUGUGUGCCUUUUGAUAUUGCUCUUAGUGCCAGUCCCCACUGCUGCUGGUGGAUCUAUACAAUGCUUUUCUGCAGAAUUGCCAAGUUCCUGCACAAAGUCUUCUGCUCAGUGACCAUCCUUAGUUUUCCAGCCAUUGCUCUUGACAGGUACUACUCUGUUUUAUAUCCUCUGGAAAGAAAAAUAUCUGAUGCAAAAUCCCGAGACCUGGUUAUCUAUAUCUGGGCCCAUGCCAUAGUGGCCAGCAUCCCGGUAUUUGCUGUGACCAACGUGUCAGAUAUUUAUGCCAUGUCCACCUGUUCAGAAUCUUGGAGUUACUCCCUUGGCCACCUGAUCUAUGUCAUCAUCUAUAACAUCACCACUGUGAUUGUGCCAGUGGCUGUGGUAUUUCUCUUUAUGAUUCUUAUUCGCAGAGCACUGAGUGCCAGCCAGAAGAAAAAAGUCAUCAUAGCUGCCUUAAGGACCCCUCAGAAUACGAUUUCCAUCCCUUAUGCCUCCCAGCGAGAAGCUGAGCUUCAUUCCAUGCUGCUUUCCAUGGUUAUGAUAUUUAUUUUCUGCAGUGUCCCCUAUGUCACCUUGGUGAUCUACCGCACCAUACUCAACAUUUCAGACAUUUCAGUCUUCUUGUUCCUCACUGCCAUUUGGUUGCCCAAGGUCUCUUUGCUGGCCAAUCCUUUGUUAUUUUUGACUGUGAACAAGUCUGUACGGAAGUGCUUAGUGGGGACAAUAGUACAGCUGCACCGAAGGUACAGCAGGAGGAACCUGGUCAGCUCCAGUGAUGUUGCAGAUUCAAGUCUAGAGCCCUGUGUCCGUUCAGGGAGCCAGCUCCUGGAGAUGUUUCAUAUUGGGCAACAACAAAUCUUUAAGCCUACAGAAGAUGAGGAGAAUGAGACCAAAUCUAUUGGCUCUGGUGACUUUCAGCAGAAAGAAAUUCCUACCACCAGUUCAGAGGCAGGAGACGCUUUGGCUCACAAAUUUAUACCACAGACAAGUGCAGACUCUGCGGCUCAGGUGGCACCCACUGUGCCCACAGAAGCUGAUUCUGUAAAUGAUAAAUACUCCAUGCAUUUUGGUUUUGGACCCUUUGAGCUGCCUCCGCAGUGGCUCUCAGAAACCCGAAACAGUAAGAAGAGGCUCCUGCCUCCUUUGGGGAAUACCCCUGAAGAGCUAAUCCAGACAAAACAACCUAAGUGUAAAACAGAAAGAAAAAUCAGCAGAAACAAUAAAGUCAGUAUCUUUCCCAAGGUGGAUUCCUAA